AUGGAAGAGCUUGAGCAGUUUGAGCAAGUGGAAUUGCUACGCAGGCGGCAGCUCCAGUAUUAUUAUGUCAAAAUGACAGCAGAAAAGAAUCCCGAGCAUUACGAAGCCUUAACCUAUGAUUUCAGUGCCUUAAGACGACGGCUUUUUCACCAUGCAAGUGACCCUUGGGAGGGUGACAAUAUGACCUUGAAAGCAGAUUUAGUUACCCUGUUAAAAAAUUGGACAGAGGUGAACCGUGAUGCGAAAGCUGCUUGUCCAAUUUCAUUUUCGGAUGACGAGUCGACUGAGUGUCUACGAUUAGUACGCGCCCAAUCUGAAGCAGAUGAACAAUUUACGGCUUGUCUCGAAGCGAUUGGAGCGGGAGCCGAGGGAUGGGUGCCCGUCGCACAUUACGAUGAAGCAAAGAGAUGUGAGAGGAAAUUGAAAGCAGACGCUCUCGACGCCGCUGAAACAGAGGAGGAAAGAGCCAGGAUCGAAGAAAACUGGAUUUUCGACGACUUUUGCGAGGAGGAUUACAUGUGA